AUACGACAAAAAAAAAAAGGACGCCCUUAGUAACGAAUUUUUGUCGGAUCGAUUCCCAGAAAACACACACUUAACUUAAAACGUGCCUAUUGGAUCCUAUCCCUCGUCGAAAGAUUUUUCUUAUUCACGGACACGAGAAUGAGAAAAUGCGCAUCUUCGUAAAUGGGAUCAAAUUAUAAAAGAUACGAAACUGAGGGGAAUAGAUUGGAGAUUUGUUCGAUUUAUAAAUGAACGGGGAUAGAUAGCGCGUGUUCCAGACAAUGACUAUCUAAAAAAUUUUACAUAUAGAUUUAACGAAUUCAAAAAUUUCUUCGGUUACAAAAAAAAAAAAAAAAAAGGCGCGUACGUGCAUGAUACGUGCGUUAUAUCGAGAAAGAAGUAACAAGCGAAGGGAAGGAAAAGAGAAUGAAGCCAUUUUUAACGAGUUUGUGUGCGUUGUAUAUUUGAUUGAAAAUAUAUUUAUAUAUUCGACGAUUAAAGUAUGGAGCGAUGUAAAGUGGACAUCUUUUCGGCUAAAGUGAAUUAAUUAUGUCGAUUUGUAACGAAUAAGAUUAGAACGUUAGCAUUGUUUCUCUCUCUUUGUCUGUUGUUUUUGCUAAAUAUCUUUUCAGUUGUUCUUCCAUUAUUGUACGUACAAUGUUUAAGCAUACAAAACUGUUUGUUAUCAUUCUCUCUUUAAUUUGUAACCCGUUAUAAGAAUUCCAUUUUCACUAACUAAUAAUAAUAUUUAACGUUAAAUUAAAUCUCGGCAUAUAAGAGAAAUGCAUAGUGAUUGCAGAUAUAUUAUACCGAAAUAGACUGAGAAUAAGUAAGAGAGACGAGAAUCGAGAUUAUUUUUUAUCGAGGAAUAAAGUUUAGCAAAAUGAUCUUUCAAAAUAAGAGGAUACAGCGUUACACUUUUAUUUAUUUAUUUAUUUAUUAUUAUUUUUCUUUUAUUAUAUAAAUGAAACAAUGUCAAUCAGUAAUAUUGCAUCAUAUGUUAUCUUUAUUUUUAUAUUGAUCAAAAAUAUUUUUCUUUUUUUUUUUUUUUUGAAUCUUUAUAUUUUAAAAAGAAUUAAGAAAUCAACUUGAACAUUUAUUGCAUACGUAACUUUUUAAUGUACUCAUUAUUUAAAAGGAAUUCUUAUUUAUAAUUUCGUAACAAACCUUUCUUUUUUUUAUUUCUAUAUUUUUUAUUAUACUGUUUGAUCAAUUUUAUAUCAUCAUGGAUUCUAGAUCGAGUUUAUUUUUGUGUAUAUUUAUGUGUAUCUACUAGCAUUAAGCUUUCUCUAUUAAUCUAUUUUGCUGAUGAUUUAAAAAAACAAAUCACAAAACUUAUAAAAUCGAAUGUUUUACGCAAAGAAAGGAUGAAUUUUUGUUAUUAUUAAGGGAAAAGAAAAAAAAAAAAAAUGAAUUCGAAUAAGCAAUAUGACGAUUUGUAUAUAAUGAUGAUUGAUAGUGUCAAACUUUUACAUUGCAUUCCCAGUUAAAUAAGCAUGUUUCAAUAAAAUAAAAAAUUGUUGCGAAUUUCACGUACUAGUUACAAAUCGUUUGAUGUUUAUUGUGAUAAUGUAAAAAAAUCGGAUAUAUCGAUGUUCGAUGAACAAAACAAAAAGUUGUGAAAUGAUGAAUUGCGAAUUGUUGAUAAGUGAUUGGAACAGAUUCUACGAUUUCUUUGUUCUUUUUAUUUGAAGGUAAAUUGAUAUAUUUGAAUGAUCUAUAUAUAGAAAUUAGUCGUUCACAAAUCGAUUAUAAAAAACAAAUAAGAUAUAAUCAAAUUAAAUAAUAAGGAAUUCAUUGAUAAAGAAACAAGCCACAAGGAUAAAAAUAUGAGAAACUUAUAUGUAUAUCUUUGAUCGGUUUCUACUACAUACAGCCUAAUUUCGACCAUUGAACGAGAUUAAACGUGUUUUUAACGAAGCAAAAUUGAUGACACAACAAUUUCUUUUGUGUCAUUCAAUAUAAUUCAAUAUUUUUAAAUUUUGUAAUGUUUUGAAUAUUUUUUUUUUUUUUGAAUUCAUGUUUUACGAACGAAAGUUAAAGAGAUUGAUUAUUUAACAUUGUUUUUAAAAAAAUUAAUGUAAAUUAAAUAGUUAAAAAAAUUUGCGUAUUUCAUUCGAUAUAUGUGCAUAAAAGUAAUUCACCAUACAUAAAAAUCAUUAAAUUAUUUAAUAUCUUCGUUUUGAUUGAUAUGAUAUCGACUGAAAACACAUACAGAAAUAUACCAUUGUAACAAGGAGAUUUUUACAAUUAAUUGCUCAAUACUAGGUAUAUAAUAAAAAUCGAGCAUUAAUAUAGAUUAUGAAGUUAAUGUUAUGAUUAUUUACAUGGUAAUGUUAUAAGAAAUAUUACUAAUAAAUAUUUUACUUCCACUGUUGGAAUAGUUUAAAUAUAAGAUAUGUAUGUUUACAGAUGUUGAAAAUUUUAUCAAAAAUGUCAUUUCUCAAACCGCAUAGUAGUUGUGAUUGUGAUAAUAUUGUAUAGAUAAGUUUGAGGUUUUUUAUUUUUUCCGUUUCUACUUCUUUUUUUCUUUCUUUAAAUUCCUUCUUUUUUUAAGGAUAUAAAAUAAGGGAGCAACGAACGAAAACUAUAAUUUUGUCGACGGAAAUCAAACUCUUUCGUGUUAGGUGCAUAAAAUAUUAUCGUUUAAAUUUACAAUACAGUAAAAAUUUCUAUUUCCUUCGAUGAUAUCAAACUUUUAUUACUAGCACAUAGGUUACGCACGAAUUGCAGAUGGCUGAAUUAUCGAGACCGAAAGUGUGCGUGAUAGGAGCUGGCGCAGCAGGCCUUUGCGCAGCAAGACAUUUCGCUCCAAAUUCAAAUUUCGAAUUGAAAGUUUAUGAACAAACAAAUGAUAUCGGCGGCACAUGGAUUUACAAAGAAGCAACCGAAGUCGAUGAAAAUGGUUUGCCUGUUCAUUCGAGCAUGUAUCGGGAUCUAAGAACCAAUUUACCAGCAAAAAUUAUGAAUUUUCCUGAUUACCAGAGAUUGAACGCUGAAGAACCUUGUUGCGUGACACAUCAGGAAGUUCGAACUUAUUUACAAAAUUACGCGAAACAUUUUGAUUUAUUGAAAUAUAUUCAAUUCGAUACAAGGGUAGAAUCUGUCCGAUUAAAAAAAUCAAUCGAAGACAAAGAAGAAUGGGUUGUCCGAAUAAAAAUGUUAAAAACGAAGCAAGAGGAAGAGAUUAUUUUUAACUCUGUGAUAAUUUGCAAUGGACAUUAUUUCGAUCCUUAUGUUCCAACGAUACCAGGAAUGGAAAAUUUUUCGGGUAAUGUGAUACAUAGUCAUUCAUACAGAAAACCAGAAGAUUUCUCCGGUAAGAGCGUUUUAAUUUUGGGCGCAGCAGCUUCUGGAAUCGAUAUUGCUCUUGACUUGGUUAAUCACGUAACUCGAAUAUAUUUAAGUCACAAUAACGAAAGGUUAAAUGGCAAUUUACCAUCGAAAAUAAUCGAGGUGUUAGGCGUAGAGAGAAUAGAGAAAGAAAAAAUUUUUUUGAAGGAUCAAAGCUUUGUUACAGCGGACGUAUUCAUGUUUUGCACAGGAUAUCGAUAUAGCUUUCCAUUUUUAGACGAAACUUGUGAAAUACAGGUGGAUAACAAUUUUAUAACUCCUUUAUAUAAACAUUUAAUUAAUAUCAACCAUCCUACAAUGUGUAUCGUCGGCGUACCGACUGUUGUUGUUCCAUUUCCCAUGUUUCAUAUGCAGAUACAGUAUUUUCUUGCACUAUUAGAGAAAAGAAUAAGUUUACCGGCGAGGUUAAUUAUGUUGGAAGAUUCAAAAUUGAAGACAUCGAAGAAUAGACACGCGCACAAAUUAAUGAACAAACAAUGGGAAUACAACGAUUCGUUGGCUGAUGCUGGAGGUUUCGAUCGUUUACCAAAGUUUUAUAAACUUGGUUACGAAGUGUGGUCAACUCGGAGGAAGAUGAAUCUUUCCAAUUAUAAGAAAGCCAGAUUUGUUAUAUCCAGUGAUGAAAAAAGCGUCGAGUUAAUCAUACCGAAUCAAAGCGUAUGAGAGAUAUCAAACAAGCGUAACAAUAUUGUGAUUAUUAUAGUUUUUCAUUAAUGUUAAAUUCAACGAAAUGAUUUCUUAUAUAAGAGAUAUUUAUUUCUGAUUUUUGAAUUAUUUUCAAAUUGCAAAACCGGAUUGAUUAAAGAAUUAUUGAA